AUCAGAGAGAGAGAGAGGGAUAGAGAUAGAUACAGCAGGAAAAUAUUAAAUUAUCAGGACGGCAAGGAAAGGAUCGGGACCCUGGCUGGGGGGAGAAAUAACCCCACAACAUUAGCAAGAGACUGAACCCAUCACUGACCCUUGUGGAUGUUUACAGGAGAGACUGAGGAAGGAAUCAGGAGUCUCUUAAACGCGCCAGGAGAGGGGCCCCGCCAUGAACAAGCUGAGACAGAGCCUGCGCCGUAAGAAACAGCCAUAUGUACCUGAGGCCAGCCGCCCCCACCAGUGGCAAGCUGACGAGGAAGCCGUUCGCAAGGGCAAGUGCAGUUUCCCAGUUAGGUAUUUAGGUCACGUGGAGGUGGAAGAGUCCCGUGGGAUGCACGUGUGUGAAGAUGCAGUGAAGAAACUCAAAGCUGAACUGAAGAACUUCAAAUCCAUCUUCCAAAAAACUGGAAAAAAAUCAGUGAAAGCCAUUCUGUGGGUGUCUGCUGAUGGGCUGAGAGUGGUGGAUGAUAAGACAAAGGACCUCAUUGUGGAUCAGACCAUCGAGAAGGUUUCAUUCUGCGCUCCCGAUCGUAACUACGACAAAGCGUUUUCCUACAUUUGCCGGGACGGUACCACACGACGAUGGAUCUGCCACUGUUUCAUGGCACUGAAAGACUCGGGGGAGCGCCUGAGUCACGCGGUGGGCUGUGCGUUUGCAGCCUGCCUGGAGAGGAAGCAGAAACGGGAGAAGGAGUGCGGGGUGACAGCUUCCUUCGACGCCAGCAGGACAAGCUUCACGCGGGAAGGAUCCUUCAGGGUCACCACAGCCUCCCAACAAGCCGAGAGGGAGGAGACAAUGAAGCAACUGCAGGACAAGAAGAAAGCUGAGACGGUGGUGACAGGCAGCCCCGCGACCGGAUCGGGACUCCCUCCGCCCACCAGCAGCUCCCCCCCGCAAGGGGCGGCCUCGCCGGUGGACAAGAACGACCCAAACUACCAACACGCCAUCCCACGCAGACACGCGCCCUUGGAGCAGCUGGUGAGACAGGGCUCGUUCCGCGGCUUCCCGGCGCUCAGUCAGAAGAACUCGCCUUUCAAGCGCCAGCUCUCUCUCCGGCUCAACGAGCUGCCGUCAACCUUGCAGAGGAAGACUUCAGACUUUCAGGUCAAAAGUCCAGUGCCCGAGUUUGACUCAUCGCCCACCAAUGAGCCUGAUGACAUCAACAUCCUCUGCUCCCAGAUAGACACAUCUUCAAACAAACCUUCCACUGAUCCAUUCUCCUCCGCACCGGCCACCAGUUUGAUUACAGUGACUGCUCCAACACUACCACCCCAUGCACCUCAGGGGAAUGGAGGAUGGGGAGAUGUCACCACAGCCAUAACCACCACCACAGCCAGCAUGGCGUUCCAACCGAGCCAUCGACGCACCCCGUCCGAGGCGGAGCGCUGGUUGCAGGAAGUGGCGAAGGCAGCUCGAGCUCAGCAACAGACCCUGGCGCCCACCACUGUCUCCAUGCCAACCGGAAUGCCAGCCUUCCCCAUGGCGUUCGAUGCAACCACCGCCCCGGUCAACCUGUUUGGCCCGCCCCCCAUACAGCCCGCCUUUGUGCCCAUGACCGCCUUUGCCCCCGGCCUGACCAACGGGAUGCCUUACCCUGCCUCCAGUGUGCCGGUGGUGGGAAUCACACCCUCGCAGAUGGUGGCCAACGCCUUCGGCAGCGCCGCCGGUGCCCAGCAGGCCUCGCUCGCCCACCAAGCGGCCGCCGGCAAGGCCGCCUCCUUCCCGCCUGCUUUUGGCCUCGCCUCGUCUCCAGCCCCCACCAUCGGCCACCACCCCAGGCCCAUGCGGCAGGUCAACGGGUCAGCGGCCCCGAGCCAACCGGGGGCCAUUGUCGGGCGCGGGACCUGGCCCCCUGAUCCCGCACAGUUGCAGAUGACACAGGAGGCCGACCAGUUUGAGGCACAGUGGGCCGCACUCGAAUCAAAGUCCCAGCAGCGACUCGGGGCAUUACCGACCAACCCGUUUUCUACCGACCUACAGAAAACAUUUGAGAUCCAGCUUUAAGGAAGUGACAGGAGAUACAAAAAAAAAAGACUCUUCAGACCGAACUGUGUAACCACUAAGAAAUAUUUGUAUUUUUCGUUUGAGAAGUGCCAUUGGAAGGUGGCGAUCAAGAGAGAUGCCCUUGGUUUGUUCUUUUAUCUGAUUAAGACUUUGUACUUAUAUUGGGAAGUUAGAUGAAGGCCAAGGUUUGUGGGUCGAGAUGGACUUAGACUGAAAGAAAAACCCCAAGUGCAGUCUGUCGCUCGAGGGAACCACCAGAAAGAAUGAACGGGCUGCAUUUAAAUGUGAACACAAUCGGAUCUGGGUACACCCAGACACAUUCCUAGUAACCCUUGUAACAAAUCCCAUCCCAAAUAGAGCAGUCAUAGCUGGAAAAUAACGGGAGAGAGUUCAAAGACCAAAACUUAAGGAAUUCCUCCCUCCUCCACCUCAUUCCAAAAACAUAGAACAAAUGAAGAUUCUGCAGAUGCUGACCAAGUGGGGCUUGAGACAUUACAAAAUUCAAAGGGUCAUAACUGAUCAUCUUAUUUGAUUUAAAAUUUUCCAUUCCUCAUGAGUGUUUUCCCUGUUUUUUUAAAGAUAUCAAACUGAACUCCACGUUAUAACAGCAACAGCCUAUUUUGCAUAAAAUGUGUCCGAGUUGUGGCAAGUGGAGCCUUUUUUGUUAGGCCUGGAGUUGCCUGGUUGCCUAAGUGGGAAAGGAUCAGGAGGGAAGCAAAGGCCUUGGGUUUUGGGACGAUUGUUGGAUCUGUAGGCUUAUGGACUUUUUCUUGACGGCUAUUGUGUAUGUGGUGGCCAGUUACACAAUAGGCCACACCUGGCCUGAGGUUAACGUUCCUAAAAGAGGGUGCACGGCAGCUCCAGAACAAUCUGGAAAAACUUGGAGACCCGAUGCCUUCAGGGCUGUUUCUUGAGGGUGUCACCAGGCCUGGCAAUGUGCAGGUGUAGGCACAGAGGUGGUAAAAAUGACGACCAAACACAGCAGGGACCUGGUAAAGGUAGCUACAGUCAUGGCUUCCAAGCCAAGAAUGUGGCAUGGCACACAAUCUUUAGACUUAAGAUAGGCUAGAAACGCUGUAUAUUCUAAGUCUUGUAGUUAAGAGGUAUUUUGGUAAAGAAUAUAUUUAAUAAGGCUUUUGAAAUGACCAUCUCACUAAAACCUUGCCCACAAAAUGGGAACCUAAUGUGCUAAUUCUCUCACGAGAUGUAAAAUCCCAGACACUGGAGAAUGUUUCCUAAAACUUUACACCUUCAAUGGGGAGCUAUAGGACGGAGUGAGGGGAUUGUCCGGAAAAUGGUGGGUGCACUGGCCACUACUGGUGGCUGGCAGGCUUAUGAUUUCCUAAUAAGCCGCUCACCGAUAGAAAGUAAACUUUGGAAAGAGCUGGACUUCUGCCCCCAACCCCACAUCCACUUCAAACUUGUAAGAGUCUCGGGUUUUGACUAGGCCCGCAGCCUUGAAAAUGUUUCCUCUACCUCAUGGCAGCUUUCCAUUUUGAUCUGGAAUAGUUCCAAACUAGAUCGAAAACCAUUCAGGUUUAUUGUAAUGAGUGCGAACAGCACUAGAUAUCAGAGUAGAAGCUGUAGUGACCUCCUUUAGAGGUACCUGGAGUCGGGCGUUUGCCCUUUCUGGGUUGAGUUGACCGAGAGAGAGAGAAUGCUUUACGAAGUAGUAGUUUUGUGCUGCCAUUGUGAGAAAUGGCCCCCCUUCAUGCCUGUUUUUUUUUUAAACCUGUGGGGAUAGGAGGAGGCUGCACACGCUCCUGUCCAUCCUACCCUAUCCUUUCCUCUAGAUGAUGGAUCCCACCUUAGGUCAACUCUGCAAAUCUCUUAGCAGUCCUGGCAAUAGAUGGCCAAUGUGCAAUCCCCAGGAGAUCGAAACUUGGCUCUUCCUUGCCACCAGCAGCCCCUGCCUCUGUGUUCCAGUGGGUCGCUAUUAAACCCUCGAAGCGUGAAUGGAGAGAUUGCAUAGGGAGUCCCGGCAGCUGGUAAACAGAGCAAUCAGCUAAUUCCGUCAUUACAGAGAAUAUCUUACUUCAUUCUAGGAAGUCACUUGACAAUCAGGAUUUUGGAAAAUUCAGUCCCUCAUUCUAUAUUGAAGGGGUCAACAGCUCAUUACCAACUCUGCCCUUAACCCAUUUCUGUUUUCAGGUAUGAAGCAUCUCUACCCACAAUCGCAUUGGCAUGAUUUAUGGGGUGCAUUAAUUGGCAACUGUGUUUUGUUACAGAAAGAUUACUUGAAAGAAUAUGCCAAAUGACAUACUUAUUUUGUAAUAGAAAGUUAACCAAUGUUGAUUUUAUUUGUAUUAUAUUGAAGAGUACCCAUCUUAAAAUCCCAGCUCCUCCUGAUGAGGCUCCUACACAGGAAUGCAUAAACAGGAUCCUUCCCAUGACAAGGAAUGCAACCCGAUCUGCGGGAAUGGGCUAGGAUCAGGCCCAAUGGCCUUCCUCAAACCACUAUCCAUGUCACCUUACCUGCCUGGAAUGAGGCAGGGAGGGAAUGUGAACUUCCCCAUUGCUGAAUGCACAAGUCUAGCCCAAGCACUAUACUUCCAAGUUUAAGAAAUGCCAUUGAACUUCAACCCUGAAACCUACGUUUGUCCGAGGACUUUGCGAAGGAAUCUACCGAUGGCAAACUGAUUGAGCAGGUGAUGGUGUUUAGUGUUCAGGAAACCCCCUUAAAGGGACAAUCCUUGGGCUUAACACGCAAUUUUCAAUAAUUACCUGUCUUUGGUCAAUUAAUAUUUUGAUUUUAUCUUUGCACUUUUAGUAGAAAUCUGGGAUGGUAUUUUCGAUGAUUCCGUCUUGAUCUGAUCCUUAAUGCUGUUGCCACAAAUAGGUCUUGAUGACAGGAAAUGUUUUGGGUUGGGGAGGGGGCAGUGCCGAGGUUUAGCUGCUCCCUGUAGUUGCUGGAGACUGACUGCUCCCUUAUUACCUCGAAAUGCAGCAUCUUCCCUCCUGGUCCUCGCAGAUGAAUUCCCACCAGACCCCCCCCCGCUACUGUCCACCAUUUCCCUCCUGAAUGAGUCCUGGAUGAGGCCAAUAAUACCUGCAGAACCGUUUCCUAUCUGUCGGGGAGUCCGUUCCACAUGUCGGUCAGUUUGUGUGCACAGCCUUAAGAGGAACUCUGUACACCUUGUCCUAAGACUCCAGUGCUGGUCCAGGGAAACAGAAGAAGUGGACAGUGCCUGAUGGAUAUUGAAGAUUAUUCCCCUUAGUUUAAAUGUUGGGCAUAAAUUACAUCAAUUGAACCUUGGCUGUCGACCAACUCAAAUGGAGGAUUUGCCACAACUACAACCUGUAUUCAUGUGCCUUUUAAUGAAGUAAAAUUACCCAAGGUGCUUCACAGGAGCAUUAUCAGACCCCAUGUGACAUCAAAACCACAUAAGGAGACAUUAGGGCUGGUGGCCAAAAGCUUGGUCAAAGAGGUCGGUUUGAAGGAAGUCUCGAAGGAGGAGGAGGAAGGGGCAGAUGAGUUUAGGGAGGGAAUUCCACAACUCUAGGGCCCAGGCAGCCGAAGGCUCCACCGCCAGUGGUGGAGCGAUUAAAAUUAGGGAUGGAUUAAAAUUAGGAGGCCGGAAUUGGAGGAGAGCAGAGAUUGUGGAGGGUUGUGGGGCUGGAGGAGGAUGCAGACAGAGCGUUUUGAAAACAAGGUUGAAGAAACAAGUGGAUGCCGAGUGACUGCAUUGCAAGAAUUUAAUCAUUUAAACUCUGAAUUUUGCUCUCAAGGGCUGGCAUUGCCAUCUGAAGGCCUUGAUUAGAUUAAUAUCAUCCUUCCCUGAUUCCCGUUAAAUUUGCUUCGUAUUAUUGAUCCCUCCUCCUUGAUAAUGUUGGGUUUUAUCCUGCAGUGCAGAAUUUAAGUUGUAAAUUAUUAAGUGGGGAAAGGAAUGUAAGAGCCACUUUUUUCGAGCAGCUUUUCAUUUGAGUAUUAAUGAAAAUGUGUGUAACAAGGCCAGUUGCCAUGGUUACAAUGAUAAGGCCACAAUCUUCCCCUUGGCAAUCAUUGGCUGUAACCAAUCUUACCGUUUGCGUGUUGGCUCUCAAUUACCUGAAUCAAUUUGCCUGUCAGUGGCCUGUUUAAAGAAACUGAUCUCCAGUUAUUGGACAAAUCCCUUCCCAAUGCGCAACCAUUGGUUUAUCAAUAGGUUAAUUGUGAUAUGGUUAACCGUUGUUAAUCCCAAGCCAGGAAGCUAGUAUCAAUAGGUGUGCAGACAAUUUGGAAGCAAUUAGAAGCAUAAAACUCUUAUGGCUGAGGAGGAGACCAUUUGGCUCAUUGAGUCUUUACUGGCUCUUUUGAAGAGCAAUCUAGUUAGAUCUAUUCCCCUCUACUCUUUCCCCAUAUUCCUUUCAUUUUAAAGAAUUUAGCAAUUCCCUUUAAAAGGCCACUAUUGAGUCUGUAUCCACCACCCUAACUGGCUGUGCUUUCCAAGUCUAUCCACUUGUUGCAUGAAAAGGUUUUUCCUCAUGUCGCCUCUGCUUAUUUUUCCAACCAUCUUCAACCUGCGCCCUCUGGUUAUCGACACUUCAGCCAUUCCUCAGCUUCAUUGAUGCUUGAUGUUCAGUUGAGUUUGUUGGCCAUUGCUGAGUUAGUGGUCUACAGGUAAAGAAGGUGUUGACAAUCACCAAGAAUGCUGGGAGAUAUGGCAGGGUUUGUUUUUGGCCGAUGUGUUAGGACAGUGGACUGCAGAGGUGGAUGCAGAAUCCACUGUUGCUUUUCGAUGGGAAUUGGAUAAAUAUUUGUAAAGAAAACAUUUUAAAUGGAUAAGGGAAUGAGAUGAAGCAGAUAGCUCUUCAGAGAGCUAGCAGGGGCAGAGUGGGAUGAAUGGCCUCCUGACCUGUAAGAUGCAAUUCUAGAAGGUCAUUCAAGCCAAAGAGCCUAAGCUGUUGUGGUGCCCGUGGCAGUUCCUGAUCUUUUUAACCCAGGUUUGUUGCCCAUUCAUCAGAUCCCUCAAUAACCCCACCUCCUAAAUAAUGAUGUUAUCUCCCUGUUAACAUCUCCAAUUGCCUGUGCAUCUGUUUUCUCCUGGCAAACUGCACACAAUGUUUUCACAGCCCUUGGUGUGAGAGACUUUCACUUGGCUUCACCUCCAACCGAUAUCAUUCGCGUCUGUUGCCAGUGAUAAGACCCAGUCUUAACUCCAGCUUGUUUGUUUUGCACAUCUUCACACUCUUUUCUGCCUCGGAGAGUGUUUGAAGGAUUUUCAGGCUGAAUAACAACCUCUUGAGCUGCAUCGUGAACAUUCCUUACACGGCUGAAGUGGCACUUGAACCCAGGCCCAUCCAGCACAGAGGCAGGAGUGCUACCAACUGAGCCACAGGCCUGGCUAAACUCUAACCAUGAAAAGAACAGUAUUGCACUGGGACUUGGCAAUGAGUUGCUAGCAUGCUUGGACCGAGUUCUCCAUCUCUUGCUCCGUUGGAAGAGUUUCCAAAAUAGUUGCCCAAUUUUCCGAAUUUCCAUAUUAAAACUUCCUUUGUUGUGUUGUUGAUGAGACGGAGAGUAACUUCAAACAAAAUUGCAAAACCUAGAACCUUCUGUUUGCUCCCAGAAGCUGGUUAUUAAUGGAACACAGUUAACUGGACCUCAAAGUCCCAAGGGCCUGUGGAAUCCCAGCCUGAGGGAGCAUUUGAGCUGUUAUCUACACAUGGAAAUGUUUCUUAACCUCUUGGUCAAUGGUUGGAUCAAGAUAUUUGCUGUGUAGUUUUGGAAUGGCUCUCCGAGAGGGGAAGGAGGGGACUGGAGAAAGCUGGGCCUUUUGGAAGGUUGUCUUCACAAACUCUGUACUCCUCGCCCACCCUGCCCUCCUUUUAUUUUUGGGGGGAAAAAAACCUAAUAGCAACUGUAGUCCAGACUGUAAUUGGGAUUUAACAUGGGCAGUGGUGUGAAGAAUAAUGAGAAUGUAACUAUUGAGCUGAAGGAUAGAAAAUGCCUCUCCCAUUUAUACCUGGGGGCAAUAGGUUAACCGAGUUAGGGCAGUGGUUUUCUGGGUCUCGGUGCUUGCAAUGACAAACCUUUUCGGAAGGCUGGUUAACAGACAUGCUUGGUACCAAGGAAAAUCGAGCAUUCGGUAGUUUGGCAGCUGACCAGGCUGACAACAGUUUGGCAGUGAAAAGAGCUCCCACAAGAUCGAGUACAGUGCCACUUUACUUCAUUAAUGGACCCCUUGCUCUAAGGAGCCACUUGGUCUGUCUCUCCCCAAAUGGCCAAGGCGGUUAAACCUCUAAAAAGAAGCCCAAAGUAUGGAUAUCAAGACCAACCCUUCAACUGAAAAGCAAACUCCUCAAUUCUAACUUUUUGUUUUAAAUUAUUCCUCAACUCCACCCAGUAACAAUCCCUCCACCAUUUCCACUGCAUUUGUGACUCCAACAAAUUACAGCUUGUUCUUAAAUAAUUAUAAACUGUUUAUAGUUUAUACAUCUUUAUUGCUUUUUUUUUUUAAAAUACCAGUAAUAUAUUGCAUUAAAUUAAAUUUUUUUUUGAAGAAUCUAACUUUGCUAAGAUUGAGAAGCUGCUUGGGCAAGGCCUUUAAUCAAACUGGAAACCUUUUAUCUAUGGUUGUCCCAGGCACCAUUAUUGGACCCAGAUGUUCCAAUGGACUAUUUGGCCUUGAGGUCAUCACAAGCCUAAUUCCACCCCAGCUGUGGUGGUGAGAGUCACUUUAACUGUGAUCAGGAACAGAUUCCCCUCCUGUCAACCAUCACCCCACUAUCUAGGUCGUAGCUACGAUCAGCUAGCUCAUCGUAGAGCAACGAUUGAUUGAACCUUGUAGCUUCCUGACCUACUGGCCUCAGAGGAAAAACAUAGACGGCCUUUCUCACUCCAUGCAAUUAGACAGAUGCGGUUUCCAGUUUGGUUAUCAUGGUAAACUCAUUGAAACUGUGACAGUUUCUCCCCAGGUUUGGAAGGGAGCCUCGGGUUGUGUUUUGCAGUGGUCAGCAGCCUGAGCUGCCACACCCUAUGUCGAUGAUUUCAAAUGGUAUGGGUUUCUGAUAGGGUUGCCAACCUUCCAGGGUUGGCCUGGAGUCUCCAGGAAUUGAAGGUCAAUCUCCAGGACACUGCUGUUUGCAACCCUGGAGAGAAACUCAUCCGGACAUUCAAAAAAGAUUGUUGUUUUAAUUUUGUUUGAACAUUUUGCUUUACCAGACAUAGAAAUACUGAAAAUUAUGUG